UCAAGAUGGCGCUGUCCAUGAGGUGUAACGUGAAAUCUGUCUUUCGUUUUAUUCACAAGGGUAAUUCCCAUAGAAGAUUAUUUAAAGCUGGAAAAGCGACGGGAGCGACGAGUCUUCCUAAAGGACAGGUUUUCUCAGGAAUCCAGCCCACAGGUGUUCCUCACUUGGGGAACUAUCUGGGAGCUUUAGAGAGCUGGGUGGCCCUGCAGGAUGAGUACAGUACGGUCAUGUACAGCAUCGUAGACCUUCAUUCCAUCACUCAGCCUCAGGAUCCUCAGAUGCUCCGAGACAACAUCCUGAACAUGGCCGCCAGUCUGUUGGCCUGUGGCAUAGACCCGACUCGCUCCAUCCUUUUCCAGCAGUCUCAAGUCUCAGAACAUGCUGAGCUCUCAUGGAUCCUAGGCUGCCUUACCAGCAUGCCUCGUUUACGGCACCUGCCUCAAUGGAAGAUGAAGAGCAAGCAGAAGAACGAAGGCAGUGUGGGGCUUUAUACGUACCCGGUGUUACAAGCAGCAGACAUCCUGCUCUACAAAUCCACACAUGUGCCAGUAGGGGAGGACCAGAUCCAGCAUUUGGAGCUCGCCCAGGACUUGGCCCGCAUCUUUAACAACCAGUAUGGAGAGUUCUUCCCAGAGCCUCGUGCCCUGCUCAGUGGCACACGAAAGGUGAAAUCUCUCAGGGAUCCAUCCUCUAAGAUGUCCAAGUCAGACCCCCAAAAGUUAGCUACCGUCUUCCUGACCGAUACGCCUGAUGACAUUGUCCUUAAGAUUCGCAGAGCUGUGACUGACUUCACAUCUGAAGUGACUUAUGAGCCUGAGAGUCGGCCUGGUGUAUCAAACCUAGUCUCCAUGCACGCAGCUGUGUCCGGACAGAGCGUGGAGGAGGUGGUCAGGCUGGCUAAAGGUAUGGACACUGGACAAUACAAGAAUGUGGUGGCCGAGGCUGUUGUACAGAAGCUACAACCCAUUCGGCUACAGAUCCAAAGACUGAGAGCCGACAGAGGCCAUCUUGAGAGUCUGUUAGCCAAAGGAGCAGAGAAAGCCCGCAGCCUCGCAGCUCCUGUGAUGACAGAAGUCAGAAAACUGGUGGGCUUCUAUUAAGGAUUUAAAAACUGAAAUGCAAUGCACUCUUCUCUGUCUGUCUUAGAUUCAUUCAGUAUACUGGUGGGAAAAACUCAGUUUUGUUUGCUUACGUCUUGUGUUUUUGUCCAUUUUUUAUUUAAGCAAAAUUAAAUAAUUUUCUUUUUA